CUCCUUCUUCUUCUUCUUCUUCAGUACUACUCAGAAAGAGAGAGAGAGAGAGAGAAAGAAAGAAGAAGAAGAAAGGUAUCUAUCUAUCUCACUACAAUUCCGGGCGCCACCGUUUCUUCAGGAGCCCAAGCCGGGAGCCUCCCAGCCCAAAAGAAUAACGACACCAACAAGCUAAAGCUAGGUAAAUAUAACCAAACUUUACCCCCCCAGGCUUUGAGUUUCUAUUUCCAGCCGCUGUUUCUUCUUCUUCUUCAUUUUCCUUGGUAGCUAGGGUUUCUCUAUUGGAUUUGGGUUGGAAAGGAGAUCGAUAUUCUUUAUUACGUUUUUCUUUGCCAAAUCGGCGGGUGUUUUCUUUCUCUCCUUCUCUUUUGACUUACCAUUUCCUCCACCUUGUGAUUGUGAUAGAGAAGACAGAUUGGGGGAUUUUCCAUAUCUGGUCUCUGGUAUCCCAGUUUCCAGUUUCGUCCCAUCUGAUUCUUUUUUUUUUCUUCUUCUUUUGUUAAAAAAAAAUUCCUGAGUUGGGUUUUUUGGAGAAACUAAAAAACAAAAAUAUAUAUGGGUUGGGGUUCGUACUUUCUUCUUCUUCUCCUCCAUUCAGCUCCAGUCCCCCAAAUACCAAAUCUCCACUCCUUUGCUUGCGUUUGAAGCUUGUGUCUUCUCCUCAUGACUCACUUCUAUGUCCCUCUUUUUCACAGCAUAAUAUGAUUAAAUAAUAAUUCCAAAUCACCCUUUCUUCUGAGUUUUUUUAUUUUUUAGAUUCAUGGAUUUUAGGAGUGCCCUCUUGAUUCUUGAAAUCCCUCCUUCCCUCCACCACCCGCACGUACGAAGCUUCCCCUUCCCAACAAACCCACCCUCCCCGAUCCAAAAAAAUCAAUCUUUCCAUUUCCCCCUCAUUUUCAGCCUACCAUAUCUCUACCCCCUCCCUCAAAUCCCAUAUUUCGUAUAAUUAUAAUAUCAUAUCAUAUCCCAAAAAUCAAAUAAAUAUAUUUAUUAUGCGGGUGCAAGUUUUUUUUUUUUUUUUUGAUUCACUAACCACCACUUGAGACAGGCACACCAACAACGAAGAAGAAAGAAAAUGUCGAUGUCGAUGUCCAUGUCCAUGUCGUCGGGGUCGGGCUCCUCCUCCGCAGGCGGCGCAGCCGGCGGAGCCUCGUCGAACUCCCCGUGCGCGGCGUGCAAGUUCCUCCGCCGGAAGUGCACCCAGGAGUGCAUCUUCGCACCUUACUUCCCUCCCGACCAGCCCCAGAAGUUCGCCAGCGUCCACAAGGUGUUCGGCGCCAGCAACGUCGCCAAGCUGCUCAAGGAGCUCACGGCGGCGCAGCGUGAGGACGCCGUCAACUCCCUCGCCUACGAGGCCGAGGAGCGCCUCCGCGACCCGGUGUACGGCUGCGUGGGGCUCAUCUCCAUCCUCCAGCACCGGCUGAAGCAGCUCCACCACGACCUCGACGCCGCCAGAAAGGAGCUCGCCAACUACAUCGGGCCCCACCACCACGCUAUGCUCUCCCUCCACCACCACCACCACCAACACCAACACAUGGUCGGUUCCGCCGCGGCGGCAGCGGCCAACAACCAUCACCACCACUCGUUCGUGCUGCAGCAGGCAGCACAGAUGAUGGACGGCCACGUGGUCCCCACCGCGACCGCGGCCGUCCAGAACUAUCCUUACCACCAUCAUAAUCAGCAGCAUGAGAUGGUGGCGAGGUUUAACGGAGGGUAUGGAGGUAUGGUGCCCGCUGCCGGCGGUGGGUUUAAUCAGAUUGGGAAUGGAGGCGUGGUGACAUCGUCUGGAUUAGGGUUGGGGAAUAAUUACGAGAUGCAGACUGAUAAUUACAUUCAGCAGCACAACCAGAGCCAGAACAAUGAUCAGGCUCAGGCGCAGGUGUUUUUUCAGACCCACCAGCAGGAGAGGCAGCGGCGGCAUAUGGCGAGCCGCCAUCAUCAUCAUCAGCAGCAGCAGGAGGAGGGAGAGGAGGAGGAGGAGGAAGAAGAGGAAUUGGAGGCCGGCGGGGAUAGGGGUGCUUUGCUGAUGAGGCCAUCCUGUUAAUCGAUGAUGGAAAAAGCUUCCUUUUUAUUUCCAAAUUUCUUUCCUCUCUUGCUGGUUUGAUCGAAAAUUUCUAUCUUGGUGAGUGACAUCAAUCAACUUCCCUUGAUUAUUAGUCUGGUUUUCCAGUUGCUAGCUUGAUUACAGUUUUGAGUUUAAAGUUUAAGGUUUUUUAUGUUGAAAUAAUCAUGAAUAUAUAUGUAUGCAAGUACGUGGGAAGGAUUGUUUAUGAAUACUUAAGUACGUAAUUAUCAAUGUACCAGCUUGCUAGCUAUUAGUUCUUUCUAUCUAUAUAUAUUUCCAGUUUUCAUGGCUGCAGGCUACAUCAUAUAUUGUGUUAAGAUAAACCAUACUAUUUCCGAAAUCUGCAAUGAGGGUUUGCAGGCUGCUAUGUAUUUGAUUCCCAAUUUCUAUUUCUGGCAGUGUUAAUGGUGAGGAUGACAAGUGAAGAACGUGUAAACAAGGAAGAUAUUGAAGGGAGGCGCAUUUGGAGGUUGAUGAUAUAUGAUAUGGUAUUAAUAUAAUUUUACAUGUUGAGGAAAUUUUCUAAAUGAAGAAGGGGUUCUGAAAGUAAGGACAAGCAGUAAUUCUGUGGAAUUAAGAAGAAUAUUUACUUUUUGGGUGAGGUGAGAGUUGGCGUGAUUGAACUGUUUUUUUUUUUUUUUUUAAUCCUUGUGUGGCUUAUAUCUAUCUAUCUAUCCAUCAAUUUACAUUGUUUAAGUAGUUUUACUUGAGUAUCUACAUUUAGAAAACUAUGACACUCUGAGAUGAGAACUCUUUUGGAGUUUAAGUCUAUGACAUUGUUUAAGUAGUAUUUGAGUUAUUAUUAGCUCAUGACUUAUCAAUGCAGGGACUCCUUAUAUAGGGGUAAAUGGCAUCUUUAGUCUCUGUAUUGAUACAACAAUCAUGCCUUUUUUUUUUACUAAGAAAUAAGAAAUUAGCGG